AGAGGUAAAUGGUGCACUUUUACUCCACUACUAUGUGUUUAAUAGCUUACCUUUAGUUACUUUACAGAUUUGGUUAAGAUGCCUAUUGGUUACUGGUGGCGUUUCAUGAGUUUAUGUUUAUCAGUUUAUUUGUUCAUAUAGACACCUAAAGUAUAUCAUAUAUUAUAUGAUAUAAAUAUCUUUAUGUGAGAUAAGGGAUCGUUGCUCACUAUGAUAUGAUAAAGUGUGUUAUAUGCUCCAGGAAGGAUACAGUAUAUUAUUGAAUAUAUAUUCAAGAUAGCUAUAUACUGUAUAUAACAUUACAUUAAUUGUAAUUCAAUAUACAUACAUCAAUCAUUUAUGGAUAAAAGGAUAACUUCACCGUUUAUGAACAUGAUGUGUGUUUAUACAUGAUUAUAUGUGUAGAUAACCUGUAUAAAUAAUGGUUAACAUGGUGUCAGUGUUGUUCGCUUUGCAGUGUAGUUCUCUCUAACACUUGCAUUGUUAUUUUACUUAAAGUUUAGAUGAUCACUAAACCUAUAAGCCAUAAAGAAAUGGGAGAUGCGGAAUGGACGGGCUUUGGCCUUCAGGAGGGAUAAACCCGCUCCAAGGAAACGGAAGUGACGUGACCUCUGUCAGAAGUAGUUACCCCCAGAGCCCAGCCUCCUCCCUGUGGUCUGCCAGGAGCCCCCAGAGCCCAGCCUCCUCCCAAGCAGUCUUUGGGUGCUGUCCAUGUACGGCAGGGAUAUCCUCUCCCACAUGGACCAUAUCAAGGCCAGCAUCACCUCCACAUUUGGUUCCAUCUUAAAGAUGGACUCAACCAAAAAGAUCACAAAGCAUCAAAGCAAGGUGGAGAUGCAGCUCUUCCCUGCUCCACCCUCUGGCCCUCAGUUGGAGAUGCAGUUCUUCCCUGCUCCACCCUCUGGCCCUCAGAUGGAGAUGCAGCUGUUCCCUGGUCCACCCUCAGGUCCAAAGGUGGAGAUGCAGCUCUUCCCUGAUCCACCCUCAGGUCCUCAUGUGGUGUUGCAGCUCUUCCCUGCUCCACCUUUGGGCUCCAUGAUAUAUACACCAGUGAGCUCACAGUUUCCUGUCCUGGUCGCUGCUCCACAAGCUCUGAAUGCCAGCCUCUCUCUGCUUUUCCUGCUCCUGCUCCUAGUCCUGCUCCAUACAGCCAAACACUGACCCGCAAAGUACUGCCCAACACGUGUGAAGGUGUGGGAGGUUUGGGACAGCAGACACUGGACACUGCCAGUACAUGGAGUAGUGAACUACAUUGUGCCAAAGGAGCAAUGGUUGGAGGACAUGACAAAAUGUAUAUCCCCCCCCACCAGAGGCAUGGACACUGGACACUUAUUUAUGUGUAUAGUUUGAUAUUUAUUUAUAUAUAUAUGAUAUGUAUAUAUUUUAUGAAGUUUAUGAUAAUGUUUAUUUUAUGUUAAAACUCAUGAGUGUUAUUUUGUUAUACUUCACCUUUCUUAC